GCAGGGAGGGUGUGUAGGAUGACAGCAAUGUGUCCCCUUCCCUCUCUGGGCCAGCGGGCAGGAUGCCAGUGCCCAGUGCAGGGUUGCCCCUCACACUGUCUUUCUCUUUGCUCACAGUUAGUGCGGAAGACUCACAGUGCUGUGCGCAGGCUGAGGCUCGGGGUGAUGGUGCUACGGUGAGGAUGUCCCGCCGCAGUCCUCGUCUGGCCACCAACGACUAUUACCAGCACAACGACGACACCUCCAGCAGCAGCAGUGGCUCCGCCAAAUCCGGUGCUCCCUCUUACAAGGAGACUCCCAUCAGGUUGCACAAGAAAAGGUCAAACAGCAAGGGGCCGGGACCUGUACCUGGCGUUAAAGGUUCGCCGUCCAACAGUUCAGUCAACAGUCUGAGUAGCUACUUCAGCAACAUCAGCAACGCCUCCAAGCGCUCUCAGCACCUCGGCAGCUGCAGCGGCUGGCAGGAGCCCGUCGGUUUGGCCUACUCUGAAUCAUUCUCUCCCCUUGCCAACCUGUGGGGCUGGAUCUCGCUGUUGUCUCCAGAAAAAGCUUUGCCCCUGGUGUACUGGUGGUUGGGCACAGCCUGGUACCAGUUAACAACGGCUAUCUCCUUGAUCGAUGUCUUUACUCCUUUCAGGUGUGUCCCUCACGUGAAGAAAUGGAUGCUGCUGGUGUUGCAGGCAUUACUGGGUGUUGGCCUCUUGAUGUCACCCACAGGUACCUGGUCUCGUGCCGAAAAGCCGGACGCGCUGGAAAGCACUCAGGUGAGUCCCUGACCCUCCUAUCCUCGUGCUGGCCUGCAGGUGCGAGUGCACAGAAUGGAGAAGGAGCUGGAUCAGCUGACCGCUGCCUUCCGGGCUUGGCUGGACUGGGGCGGUGAGCCGUCUGAAACCAUACGCCUCCCUCCCCCGCCGACACCAGCCCACAUCAUCAAGCUGCUGGGCAAGGUAACCCUUCAGAGACUGGAGGAGCUUCGGGAAAUGCUGCCCUUCGAGUCGCUGGAGAGGGUGCAGGCUGACAUCGCCGCCAUCCAGCAGAUGCAUGAGGAGCGGACGGAGCCGGCGCUGCGGGCAGUUGGUUGCAAUACCAAGAUGUUGUUGCAGAAGGUGAAGGAAAUGGAAUCUGCUGUGGAAAGGUUGACGGAUGAACAGAAGCAGCUACUGACUGCACUGGCGCUGCUGGAGGAGCAGCUCAGCCAGACACGGCUGGAGCUGCAGGCUGCAUGUGCGGCAAACAAGGACAUGGACUCCAGCAUGCGAGCAAUGGAAAGCAGUGUUAAAAGUAUAACUGAUGAGACGGCGUUGCUCCCACUUGUCAACAAGCUGUUGUUUGGUUCAUCACAAGACAGCACAGGGGAACCUCUGACAGCACAGCUGGUGCAUCGCAAGGAACUCGAGGCCCUCCUUGCUGGCUUGGAGAAGAAGAUCCGCUCAGAUGCUUCACUAUAUCCUGGUCUGGCAAUGGAGGCACACUCGGCAACUGUCAGAGCAGGGAUUAUUAAGGAAGUGGAAAGCAUUGUGGAGCAAGCCCUGAAACUGUACAGCGCUGACAGGGUUGGAUUGGUGGAUUAUGCACUGGAAUCUGCUGGUGGCACUGUGAUCCACACGCGCUGCACAGAGACGUUAGAGACCAAGACUAUUCAUAGUCUCUUUGGCAUUCCACUGUGGUAUCAAUCUCACUCACCCAGAGCUGUCAUUCAGCCGGAGGUUCAUCCUGGGAACUGUUGGCCAUUUAAAGGCUCCCAAGGCUUUGUUGUCAUCGAGCUUGCUGUCUGGAUCAGGCCUACAGCCUUUACCUUGGAGCACAUUCCAAAAUCCAUUUCUCCGCAUGGAUCAAUUAGAAGUGCCCCUCAAGACUUCUCUGUUUAUGGCUUGGAUGAUGAAAAUCAAGCCGAAGGGGUCCUGUUGGGACAGUAUACGUAUAAUGAGGAAGGGGAUUCAAUCCAGACGUUUGAGGUGCAGAAUAAAGAUGCUGCAGCAUUUAAACUAAUUGAACUGAGGGUGAAUAACAACUGGGGUCAUCCAGAAUACACCUGCCUCUACCGGUUCCGCGUCCAUGGAGAUCCAGUGAUGUGAUGCUGGAAGUUGGCUACCCCGCGCUCGACAACCCUCCAACCUCUACCCCGCCCGCGCUCCACGUUGAUUUCCCACAACCAUGUCAAUUUCUGACAUAAAUGUCAAUGUUUUUUUUUAAUUAUUUAUAAUUAUUUUAUAUUAAAUAUAGUUAGAAUGA